CGUGUCCCCCAGCCCGGUAUAAGAGGCCCCGCGGGGGUCGCUCCCCCCACCCGCGAUGGCGGCCCCGGGGGGGACAGAGCCCGAGCGCGCCGCGGGGGGGUCCCCGGCUGAGGGGGGGUCCCCGUCCGAGGGGGGGUCCCCGGAACAGGAGGGAUUCUUCUCGCUGCUGAGCUCCGUGCAGGGAACGCGCAUGGAGGAGCAGCGCUGCAUCCUGGGGGGAGGAGGGGAGCCGCCCCCCCCCGAGCUGGCGUCGCUGCUGGACAUGGUGGCGAGCUCGCAGGGCCGCAGGAUGGACGAGCAGAGGCUGCCCGUGCCCAGACUGCCCGGCUUCGGCACGGGGGGGGCGCAGGACUGAGCCCCGGAGCCCCCGGACCCCCCCGACCCCUCCC